AUUCCAUAGUGUUAAAUAUGCAGUGUCAAAGUACAUUGACUCUUACAGAGUUAUUACUACAACAGUUGGAGUAAGAUACCGCCCAGUGUUGGUGAAAAAGUACGUUGUUAAAAGACGCAGUGUCAGACGUACUCUGGAAAGCUCCGCCCACCUACGACUCGUCUCAAACGGACCACACAUUUUCACGGCGCCAUUUUCUUCAUGUGGAAUGACUGCGGGAGCAUGCUGCUUAAAGCUAAACUUGGAGAUGUCCAAAAAUUUGUCAGAAUAACUGAGCCAAAUCUGAAAGACUUUUUGAUUGCAGCAUUUGCAAAGUUUGGUGUCCCAGCUGUAACAGAAGAAUCUGUCUCCAUGGUGGCCUCUUCUGAGCAAUCCCAACCAUCAUCCCUUGAUACCUUGGACUCUGAGGAUACAGUCAUUAUUUCAGAUAGCCCCUCCAGAAAACGCCAGAGGCUGGAUACAGAAGCCAAGCAAUUGGUGGAAUCAGCUCUUACCAACAAAACCGGUGGGGAACGUAUAAUAAAUGAAUACAACCGAACCAAGUCCUUGACGGAUGAAACAAGACGCAAAAUGGUGAACAUGCUGGCAGCUGACAUGACAGAAAUGAAUGGUACAUCUCCACCCAGACAGGUGAAAGAAAUGUAUGCCAAAGGAAUAGUGACCUUAUUCCCGUACCUCAGUGACCCAUUCUCUAAGAAUGGCUAUGAGCAUUAUUAUGAUGGCGAGAGUGGAACUGGGUACUUGGCCUGGAGGAUUAAAACUAUUCAGAGAGGCACCGACAAAGACAGGCGAUCAUCAUUCGGAGAAUCAGCCAAAGGAUCAACUGGUGAAGACAUGUCUGGAGGACCGACUGUCAGACGAGAAUCCCAGUUUGUUCCAGAGACUGCCCUGACUGAUGAUGAGUGCAACAAAGCAAUCUCACUGAUGAAACAUUCUGCUGAUGCAGACACAAUCAAGAAGAAAAUGGAACUGACGUUUGUGUAUCGCCGCAAAAUGAUCCUCGACCCCCAGCAGUCAAGCAACAUACUGUCUGAGUUUCCACGUUUUAAAGACGUCAAAAGCUUGGUUGAACAGGAUUUUGUUCUAAUGUUCGGAGAGGAUACCUCAAGCAAGCUUCUGGAAAGGUGGCCGGUCACGUUCAAGAAAAAGAUCAUCAAACAAUGCAGAAAGCUUCCAUCCACAAGUGAGCUUGAAGAACUCUUGCUGGCAGCUGAUCCUCCUGAGGAUGGCACUGAAUUGGAUGUUGACUUUGGUUGGGACAGUGAUCUGUCAUCGGGUUUUACUGCUUAUACACCUGAUUCCACCCUCCGCUCAGGGUCGGAAGAGACCAGGAAAGGUUUCCGCAUCCCAAGCAGAGAAACAUCUUGUGGUAUUCAAGAAGGCUGA